GAGACAGCAUAUUCAGCCGGCGGCGGCGGUCCUGCCGCAGCGGAGGGCGGCUCGGCUCGGCUCGGCUGGGCGCAGCUACUGGCAGCAGCCCUUCAGUCAGCGGGGCAUCCCUCUGCUUCCCCGGCGGCGGGGGCUCGGUGAGGGCUGCAAGGCGCCGGGAGCCGCUCCGCAUCUCCCGGGUGCCGGCGGAGCAGAGUCAAAAUGUCAGACAAAAGUGAUUUAAAAGCAGAACUUGAGCGCAAAAAACAACGUUUGGCUCAGAUAAGAGAAGAAAAGAAACGGAAGGAGGAAGAAAGGAAGAAAAAAGAGGCUGAUCUACAACAGAAGAAGGAGCCAGCUCAGGAAGAUUCUGACCUAGACCGUAAAAGAAGAGAGACAGAAGCUUUGUUACAGAGCAUUGGUAUAUCCCCAGAACCACCUCUAGUGCAGUCGCUGCAUGUGUUAACAUGGGAUACCUGUUAUUUUCAUUAUUUAGUCCCAACCCCUAUGUCUCCCUCUUCGAAAUCAGUGAGCACACCCAGUGACGCAGGCAGCCAGGACUCAGGGGAUCUGGGACCCAUAGGAAGGACCUUGCAAUGGGACACAGACCCCUCAGUGCUGCAGCUCCAGUCUGACUCUGAACUUGGACGCAGACUGCACAAACUAGGGGUGUCAAAGAUUACCCAGGUUGAUUUCUUACCUCGGGAGGUGGUAUCGUACUCCAAGGAGACACAGACACCUCUGGCCACACAUCAAUCUGAAGAGGAUGAAGAUGAUGAAGAGAUGGUGGAACCAAAAACACAGGAUGACUUGGAGACAGAAAAUCAGAAAGACCAGAAGCAGGAGGUGAAAGAAGCUCCUCCUAGAGAACUGACAGAAGAAGAAAAGCAACAAGUUCUCCAUUCAGAAGAAUUCCUGAUAUUUUUUGACCGCACAAUACGUGUAAUUGAGCGAGCUUUGGCUGAAGAUUCUGACAUCUUCUUUGACUAUAGUGGCAGAGACGUAGAAGAGAAAGAUGGAGAUGUUCAAGCAGGAGCCAACCUUUCCUUUAAUCGGCAGUUUUAUGAUGAGCACUGGUCAAAGCAUCGUGUGGUCACCUGCAUGGAUUGGUCUCUUCAGUACCCUGAAUUGAUGGUUGCAUCUUAUAACAAUAAUGAAGAUGCUCCACAUGAGCCUGAUGGGGUAGCCUUGGUGUGGAACAUGAAGUUCAAGAAAACCACGCCAGAAUAUGUGUUCCAUUGUCAGUCCUCCGUGAUGUCAGUCUGUUUUGCCCGCUUUCACCCAAACCUGGUCGUCGGUGGAACAUACUCUGGCCAAAUUGUCUUGUGGGAUAAUCGCAGUCACAGGCGCACUCCAGUUCAGAGAACUCCCUUAUCUGCUGCUGCUCACACGCAUCCUGUGUAUUGUGUGAAUGUAGUUGGAACACAGAAUGCACACAAUCUUAUCACUGUCUCUACGGAUGGCAAAAUGUGCUCCUGGAGCCUGGACAUGCUCUCAACUCCACAGGAGAGCAUGGAGCUGGUAUACAAUAAGUCCAAGCCAGUGGCGGUCACAGGAAUGGCUUUCCCAACCGGAGAUGUCAAUAACUUCGUUGUGGGCAGUGAAGAGGGGACAGUCUACACAGCCUGUCGUCAUGGAAGUAAAGCUGGCAUUGGUGAAAUUUUUGAAGGCCACCAAGGACCUGUCACAGGAAUCAAUUGUCACAUGGCAGUGGGUCCAAUAGACUUUUCCCAUCUCUUUGUCACAUCAUCAUUUGACUGGACAGUGAAAUUGUGGACCACAAAGCACAACAAGCCGCUCUACUCCUUUGAAGACAAUGCCGACUAUGUCUACGAUGUCAUGUGGUCGCCAGUGCAUCCCGCGCUCUUCGCCUGCGUGGACGGGAUGGGGCGCCUGGAUCUGUGGAACCUGAAUAACGACACCGAGGUUCCCACAGCCAGUGUCACCAUAGAAGGAGCGUCUGCCCUCAACCGUGUCCGCUGGGCCCAGGCUGGGAAGGAGGUGGCAGUUGGUGAUUCAGAAGGCCGCAUAUGGGUCUAUGAUGUUGGAGAGCUGGCUGUGCCACACAAUGACGAGUGGACACGUUUUGCCCGGACCUUGGUGGAGAUCCGCGCCAACCGAGCCGACAGUGAAGAAGAGGGGGCGGUGGAGCUUUCAGCAUAGAGGGAGAGGAGCAGCGCCCGCCACAACAGCAGCUUCCCCCGCCGAGUAUGCCAGUGUUCAGUGUCAGAGUCAGUCUUGCUGUGGCUUUUGAUGCCAGUGUACAUGCCAGUAUUUGCUCAAAGCAUUCCAUAUUAAUCACACUGCUUUAUACAAGGCUGAAAAUAUCCAGAGCAUUUUCGUACUUUAUAUUCCUGUCUGAAAAGUAAGAAAGAAAAGACAAAUCAACCCUUUAUGGGUUUAGUUGUUGCCUUUUAACUACUUAGUAGCUGUAUUUAAUAGCUAGGAACCCCUGGUUAAACUUGUGCUCACAUUGCCCUUCUGGCAUAGUCCUAUUAAAUCCAUAUGAAGCCAGAUAUGAUUAUGUGCAGAUGUGGUGUGCUUCACUGUAUGGGACUGGGCCAAAGACUUUAGAUGUGGUGUAUCACAUGGUGACUUACAUUAUGAAUGGAUGUACUAUACGAAAGUUGCUGCUCCUUAUUUAUUGCGGUGUGCUGCAUGGAACAUAUUUAUUUGAAAGCAUUAAAAUAAACGAUCCUAAAGCAUGUGCAUAAUGAGAGAACUGCAUUGUCUGUGUGCUGCUGUAGAGGUUACACUGAAGUCCACGUAACAAUUACAGUACAUCAGUUGUGCUUAAGAUGUAAGAUCUAUAAAGGUUGGCUUGAGUGGACGGAAUGAGUUCCCUUUCCUUUUUUUUUAAGAUGCCUAUUAUUUCUAGGCACUUUAACUGUAUUUCAGUCAGUCACUGAUACUUGUCACGCAAGUUAACACUAACAGUCUGACAAAGGGUUGUGGUUCCCAAGUAUGACACCAGUAUCGCCAAUAAAAUGUAUCAGGCCUGUUC